AAGCCGCCAACCAAGUGUGCCUUCUAUAUUUCCUUCCACCCGAGAAGACAACAUGGGCAGACAGAAGAUAUAUUUGGAAAAACUGUCCAAGACCUUCCAGAUCCGCAACCUGCUCCUCCGCCAGGCCCUGGCGGAAUGUCUGGGGACUCUCAUCCUUGUGAUGUUCGGCUGCGGCGCCGUGGCCCAGUUGGUGUUGAGCGGUGGUUCUCAUGGUUUGUUCCUGACCGUCAACUUUGCCUUUGGCUUUGCUGCCACUCUGGGCAUCCUCGUCUGUGGCCAAAUAUCAGGAGGACAUCUGAACCCCGCAGUGACCUUCGCCUUGUGCCUGCUGGGCAGAGAACGAUGGAGAAAGUUUCCCAUGUACUUCCUCUUUCAGACAAUCGGCGGGUUCCUCGGAGCGGCUGUCAUUUUUGCCAUGUACUACGACGCCCUGUGGGACUUUCCUGGAGCAUUUAAUGUGACUGGACCAAAUGCGACAGCUGGUAUAUUUGCUACCUAUCCUGGAAAACAUCUCACUCUUGUCAAUGGAUUCUUUGAUCAGAUUAUUGGCACGGCGGCACUGAUCGUUUGCAUUCUGGCCAUCGUUGAUCCUUACAACAACCCCAUCCCCCAAGGACUGGAGGCCUUCACUGUGGGUUUUGUGGUCCUGGUCAUCGGCCUGUCUAUGGGAUUCAACUCUGGAUAUGCCGUCAAUCCCGCCAGAGACCUCGGACCUCGCAUUUUUACCGCAGUAGCCGGGUGGGGCACAGAAGUUUUCACCGUCAGAAACGGCUGGUUCCUGGUGCCUGUUUUCGCCCCCUUCCUCGGUACGAUCAUCGGAGUCAUCAUCUACCAAAUGAUGGUCGGUUUCCACGAGGAGGGUGAAGUACGUGACCGAAGGAACGCGCAGGAGGAGAGUGUUCGACUCACUAACAUCAGCACCCACGACAAGUCGAAAGAGGCCGCCAAGCAAGUGCACUGAGCACCGAUUUUGAUCCACUUUCCAGCACAGUUCAUCUCAAUCCUCUUUUCUAAGCUCCUGUCAGAAUGCUGUGAUCAUCAAAAUGAAGCUAAUUUGUCGUUAUUUGUAUUAUGUGUGGAGGGGAGCUUUGAAAAUUCUUGUUCAAACAGUAUUUAAUGCCUUGUACCAGUGUAGUUUUAGGGAUUUCAAUCCACAUGAGCAUUUAGACAUGAUGCAUUGCCAGUCCACACAAUUUCAAGGAAUUUGAACCAUUUAAGUAAUUUAUGAAAAUAUUCCUUUUUUUAACUGUGGAAAAACAGUUCAAUCACAUAAGCUUUGUUUACAUCCGCAAAAUGUCUCCAAUCCGAUCCGAAAUUCGGUUAAACGGAAUUCCAAAUCCACUGUUUACAUGUUAAACCCCAUGUGGUUCACUCCCUGAUUUUUCUGUUCCGCCCGGGACUUGAACCUCGGUUGUCCAACUCGAUUACCAGCACUGCUCUUGAAGUUGUUAGAGAAUGAAGUUUUCCCAACGUACACAUGGCCUAGCAACACCGGCUAGCCUCCGUUACACUCAUCCCCUGAAACUUCACUCUCCUCCGGGUCACGGCACCACUGUAUUCAGCGUUAUUUGGUCCCUGCUUUUUUUUUCCGCCCAGGACUCGGACCUGGGUCGUCCGCAUCAGACGCGAUAUAGCACUGCUCUUGAAGUUGUCAGGGAAGGAAGUUUCCCCAACGUACACAUGGCCUAGCAACACCGGCUAGCCUCCGUUACACUCUUCCCCCUAAACCUCACUCUCAUCCAAGUCACGGCAUCACUGUAACCCGUGUGGUUCGGUCCCUGCUUUUACUGUGCCGCCCUGGACUCAAACCUAGGUCGUCCGCAUCAGAAGCGAGCCAGCACUGCUCGUGAAGUUGUCAGGGAAGGAAGUUUUCCCAAUGUUCACAUGUCCUAGCAACACCGGCUAGCCUCCGUUACACUCAUCCCCCAAACCCUCACUCUCAUCCGGGUCACGGCACCACUGUAUUCAGCAUUAUUCGGUCCCUAAUUUUUCGACCCAGGGUCGAGCUAAAAGCCCGGGCUAUCAAACCGAUAGCCAGCACUGCUCUUGAAGUUGUCGGGAAAUGUGUUUUUACCAACAGACACAUGGCCCUCCAUUACACUUUUCCCCCUAAACUUCACUCUCCUCCGGGUCACGGCACCACUGUGACACGCGUUAUUUGGUCCCUGCUUUUUCUGUUCCGCCCAGGACUCGACCCUGUGUCGUCCGCAUCAGAAGCGGGCGAGCUAAAAGCCCGGGCUAUCAACCCGAUAGCCAGCACUGCUCUUGAAGUUGUUGGGAAAUGUGUUUUUACCAACAUACACAUGGCCCUCCAUUACACUUUUCCCCCUAAACCUCACUCAUCCGGGUCACGGCACCACUGUAACCCGCGUUAUUCAGUCCCUACUUUUUCUGUUCCGCCCAGGACUCGAACCUGGGCCGUCCGCAUAAAAGGCGAUUGAGCUAAAACCGGAUAGCCAGCACUGCUCUUGAAGUUGUCAGGUUUUACCAACGUACACAUGGCCUCCGUUAUGCUCAACCCCACGAAACCUUACUCUCAUCCAGGUCACGGCACCACUGUCCCCCGUGUGGUUCGGUCCCUGAUUUUACUGUGCCGCCCUGGACUCAAACCGAGGUCGUCCUCAGGAGAGGCGAGUGAGCUACCUACCGAGCUAAAAGAUUUGGCUACCGGCUGGCCUCCUUUGGAACACGCGCCAAGUGUUUAUUUAGAAUAUAAACCGUCUGGGCCAUUUUUCGUGGAAAUAGUAGAGAAAUAUGCUACUUUCACCAAUGUUGUAAAAAAAAGUUGUAUUUGUGUCCAACACAUUUAAUUUUACGCCUCUGUUUAUGUUCGGUAAUUUUUUUUAAAUAUUAUUUUUAUGAAUUUGUUUCUACAACUCAGUGUUUCUAUCAAGGCGUUCAACAACUCUUAACAUUUCUAAAAAUAAAGUUGUCAAAAAUGCAUAUUUGCUGCUGGGCUCGGCUCUUUUCAAGGCCGGUGAAGGUGAUUCACCCCAACCACGAAGCCAGGAUCUGAAUGGAUGUGUACAUUGGACCUUAUUGGAUUCAAAUCUUCUGAUUGAUGUGCUUAUAUGUACCAUUUUUAAUCUGAUUAUUUGUGUCUAGUAAACAUGGCUAUGGUUAAUAAUAGUCACAAAUGACUCUUUUACCCCCCACACAGGUACAUAGUCAUGAAUUGAACCGUUAAAAAUGCACCUUUUAUGACACGUGUUACGGUGCAAGACUAUAUGACAUUUAUUUUGUAUGUCGGGUGAGGGGUUGUUCUUUUGUACU